UCCAAUUCUCCAUGGGUUCAAGAAAUCCUACCUGUACGAAGUUUGGAAUUUCCCAAAUCUUAGCUUUUUGUUUGAGACUAAGUUUAAGUGAGAGAAAAGGAUUUAUUUAAUAUGUCUACCGUGCAGAAGCGCCCAGGACCCGCCAAUUCUAGUCAGCCAACCGAAAAACCCAGGAAAGAAUCCAUUUUGGAUUUGUCCAGAUAUCAAGAUCAAAGAAUUCAAGCUACUUUUACGGGAGGACGUCAAAUUACUGGUGUGCUCAAGGGUUAUGAUCAACUUAUGAAUCUUGUUUUAGACGAUGUGGAUGAACAUUUGAAAAACCCCGAAGAUGGUAAACUUUUAGAUAAAACUAGGAAGCUUGGCUUGAUUGUUGUACGUGGUACUACUUUGGUACUCCUUGCUCCAAUGGAUGGUUCUGAGGAAAUCCCUAAUCCAUUCUUGCAACAAGAGUAGUUCAAUGAAUAAAAGAAAAGAAAAGAAAGAGAAAGACGAAAUACUACUUAUUUAUGUUUACAUAUUCCUUCACUUUAAUCGAAGUAUCUUUCCAUUUUACAUAAAUUGAUAUAGAUUGUGUACAUGGACGUUGAAACUUUUUUGAAAUUAUCGUCACCUGUUACCCUUUUUUCAUCAUAUUGUUCCCA